CGCACUGCUUAUUUUAUUGAAUGCAUUCGAGUACAGUGCGUUGGGAAAAUUAACUGGAAAGUAAGUUAAAAUAAGAUUAAUAUUCCGCAUUUGUGAUUAAAGGCACUUGAAUUAAAUCAUGAGCAAAAGUUACGUUUGAAUUACUUUUCAUAUUGUUCCACUUCCCCUCAUAUGCAAAUUUUUUGGGGUUAUAUAGAUAACUUAGUUUUUUUUACUGAUGUCUUACUUUGGUCCUUGGUUGUGCACUAUUUCUGGACAUAUCAUGAGACAUCUUUAACAAAUCGUUAUUUUGAGUCGAAAUCCCAGUUCCACGACAGUGCAGUGAUCAGAGUAGGGUUGAAACCGUAGUUAAGAUAUCAGUGGUCUGUUGGGAUCCGCUCUUUUGUUGUAUUUGAAAUGAAUGUUUGCUGCCGGGUAUAAAUUAACACGACAUUGACUUGACAUAUCUGACGUUAUAGGUUUGUCAACACUUAUGGAUGCGGGACUAACAGGGUACCCUUUAUGUCCCAUGGAAAUUGUAAAAAUAAUUACAUUUAAAUUAUAUUUAAUCAUCCAAUACAAAUAGUUAAGAAUGAAAAUACAAAAUACACGACGUGGUAGAUAGAAGAUUACGGACAAUAAAACAAAAGGGGUUGAAUGUUUUUAAAUUUUAUUUUAUGGAAUAUAACUCAUGUGAAGGCACAUGAAAAAACCUCAAAUUUUACUUAGUGUAAUGCGUGUAAUACGUGAUGCAAAAAUGGUAUCAAAUUAUAACCAACUUCAUUGUAAAUAUAUCCAUCAAAAUUUUCAGACAUUCAUAUAAUAGUAAAUGCUGGAUUUAUAUUCUCAGCCAAAAUAGUCCAAUGCAUUAGAUCUAAAACUGCAUGCCUUGCGCAUAGCUUAUUAAUCAAUGUUUGUACAAGUUUUAUCCAGUUUCCUAGUUGUCUAAAGAGGGGAGGGGGCGUGCUGUAGGGUGACAUCACGGUCCGGGUCUGCCCGCUUUGGACUAGCUGGGUUUGACAGGCGGAGCCACAACCCAGUCUGUGGAAACGCGAGGUGCGCUCGGAAAAUGCGUUUUGAACGGAGGAGUUUUAAAACCCAAAAACCUGUCGAGUGUCUCCCUGAAAAAGGUCAACGAUGUCUUACUGCCCGUCCAAGAGCAAACGCCUGUUUCCUGGGAACUUAAGGAUAUUCGGAUUUGGACUUGGAAAUGGGGAAAAUAAGAUGCUGACUUAUACAUCUGAGAGAGAGGGUCCCCUCUCUUUCUGCUUUGUAUAAACCGGAAAGCCACUUUCUAUGCAUGCCAAGGUGGGAAUUUAACACAAAAUGAAGUUUGGGAAAAGCGUGUGUAUUUUAAAUGUGGGUGGCACUAAAUAUGCGUUACCCAGGGAUGUGAUAAAGGACUUUCCUCUAAGGAGAGUGAGUCGUCUUCACAAUUGCGCUUCUGAGAAAGAAGUGCUCGAAGUCUGUGAUGACUACGACCGAGAGAGAAACGAGUUUUUCUUUGACAGGCACUCCGAAGCCUUCGGCUUCAUUAUGCUGUACGUGAAGUACGGAAAGCUCAGGUUUGUCCCGCAAAUGUGUGAGCUGUCCUUCUAUAACGAGAUGAUCUACUGGGGUCUGGAGAGCUCACACCUGGAGUUCUGCUGCCAGCGGCGUUUGGAUGACAGGAUGUCCGACACAUACACCUACUUCUCCGAGGAAGACACCAAAACAGAGGAGGACCCCAGGGGUAACGAUGAGCUGGAGCAACCGGCCACCGGUCGGAGAGGAAGCGCUAAGUGGCUGGAAAGGAUGCGGAGGACUUUCGAGGAGCCCACCUCAUCUAUCGCGGCGCAGAUUCUCGCUUCUGUUUCCGUGAUUUUUGUCAUUGUGUCCAUGGUUAUCCUUUGCGCCAGCACGCUGCCGGACUGGAAAACGGCCGAGAACAACAGCGUGGAAGAGCACAGGUACACAGAGAGUUUAGAAGAUCCAUCAGGGAUCAUCGAGGCGGUCUGCAUCGGCUGGUUCACCGCCGAGUGCAUCGUGCGCUUCAUCGUGUCGAGGGACAAGUGUGAGUUCGUGCGCCGGCCGCUGAACAUCAUCGACCUGCUGGCCAUCACUCCGUACUAUGUGUCGGUGCUGAUGACCGUGCUGACGGGCGAGAACUCGCAGCUGCAGCGGGCGGGCGUGACACUGCGCGUCCUGCGCAUGAUGCGCAUUUUCUGGGUAAUCAAGCUGGCGCGCCACUUCCUGGGCCUGCAGACGCUGGGGCUGACGUUGCGGCGCUGCUACCGCGAGAUGGUCAUGCUGCUGGUGUUCAUCUGCGUGGCCAUGGCCAUCUUUGGCGCACUGGCCCAGCUGCUGGAGCACGGCCUGGACCUGGAGAUGGGCAACGAGGACUACGCCAGCAUCCCGGCCGCCUGCUGGUGGGUUAUUAUCUCCAUGACAACGGUGGGCUAUGGAGACAUGUACCCCAUCACCAUGCCCGGGCGCGUGCUGGGUGGCCUCUGCGUGGUCAGCGGCAUCGUGCUGCUGGCGCUGCCCAUCACCUUCAUCUACCACAGCUUUGUGCAGUGCUACCACGAGCUCAAAUUCCGCUCAGCUCGCUGCACGCGCAGUCUCUCCGCCGAGUUCCUCAACUGACCCGCCUGUCCCUUCACCGCCUCGUCAUCCUCCUCCUCUUCUGACUCUCCGGAUGCUCCUGGUUACUCAUUUUCUUUGAACGUUCCUUCUUUGGCUUUCUCUUCUCAUGCUUGUUUUUUUUUUUUUUUUAACCAGGCUCUUAUAUUUAAUUUCCUUAUCUGCAAUUUGAUGUUUUCUUCUUGAAAUCUCAGCUGUGGGAUUUACGCUCCCUUUUGUUCGUGUGAAUACUCUCAGAUG